AUGGGACUAAAGACUGGGUCCAGGUCAGGGGGCAGGACCCCUCAGAGAGCUGCUGGGACCCAAGGGGCUGGAGGGACAUUCCAGACCAUCCGGGCGAGGAGGGGGGACCGUCUCCUCAUCUCGCCCAUGUGGUCCUACCAGGUCCUUCCACUAAAACACUUGGCCAGAUCUGCGUUUGAACUCCACGCUGUCACGGUCACCAUUCCUAUCAAGCUCUCCAUUGUGGUGAUCUACCGUCCUCCAGGUCCCUUCCGUGACUUUUACGACGAGAUGGAUGCCCUCCUCAGCUGCUUUCCUGAGGAUGGCACCCCACGCCUGGGUGAGUUUCACCACUUGCUCCAAGAACUCCGCCUGGAUGACGGCCGGUUUCAGCGGUACUUUCGACUGAGUCGGGCCAAGUUCGAUGACCUGCUAGCCCGGGUUGGUGCCAGGAUCUCCCGUCAGGACACCAACUACAGGCGCUCCAUAUCAGCUUCGGAGCGCCUGUCUGUCCGUCUCCGUACUCUGGCACAUGCUUUGUCCAAUGGACCAUGGAAGGGACUUUACUUGGCUGACGAGGACGCACCUCACCAGUAUCAGAGCAACAGCUGUGGGGUGUUUAUGCUGAUGGGGGACAUGCUCUCUAUCAGGAGGUGGUGGUUGGACAGCUGUGAGACCUUUAUGCUUGAAAGCCCUGCAGAACUAGCUGGCUCCUUCUCACCCUCUCCAUCUCCCCAUCUCAGUUACACCUUCCAAUCACUAAGCAGUGAAAGCCCUGCAGGACUAGCUGGCACACCAAGCUCACCCUCUCCAUCUCCCCAUCUCAGCCACACGCUCCAAUCUGGCACAACAGAGGACAGGCCAUUCUUACCAACCUAAGUCCUUCAGUAAAUUGUACAAGAGACGCUGAGACUGUACAUGGCGAUGCUUGGCGUGUUCAACAGGGUUUCAAACACAUUCCGAGAACUAAUCAAGCCUCUCCAUCAUUCCAUAUAUAUAAAUGACAGUUUGGCAGGGGACAUUAAGCUUAAUAAAGACAAUCUCAUCUACAUAACGGUUAGAAAGAUUUACAACAAUGCAGGCUGUGUCAGUGGCCUUGCGCUACGCCUCAAAGGCUUCUCAAAAAAGAAGAAUUGGCCAAGCGCACCCCUGGUACUGAGGCACGUUGCAUAUGGCAGGUUUGUCAUAAAAGAUGUCUGCCUAGCAUAAUGUUCUUUUAUUACUCCUUUUUCGUUUUAUUUGGGACGUCAUUUUUGCAAUCCCUU